AUGCGGUAUGGGGAUGUUUUGCUGCGCUUAAGCGAUGCAGAGCGGGAGGACCUGCAGCUGUUAAUUGCUGCCCUUAAGGUUAGUGAAUACACAGAUGACGUUGACGAUAUACGCUUUUCAAGUAGUCGUGAAGAGAGGAUGUAUCGUUCCAUGCGUGAACUGUUCGAUACUAUUUUGGGUCUUUUCAUUGCAUCAGGGAGUCUCUCACGAGAGUUGAGAGAUGAGAUUGCUAGGGGAAGAGCUGAUAUGCGUGUAAUACUUGGGGUUUUUGCAGGACUUUUUGAAAUUUUUCGCCGUCAUAAAAGACUUAAUCCUUUUAGUAAUAGAAGUGAAUUUGGUAAAUUAACGAUGCUUCUUCAAGAUGUUCAAAAAGACUCUAUUCGGCGGCGAUUACACAUAUCCAAUAGUUUGGUAAAUCCGGUAAUAACUGUUGAAAUGGAGUUAAGAAGGGUUGGUGCUGAAGCCUUGCUAAAGGAUUCUGAAGUAGAUAUGUAUCUAAAUUCUCAUGGAUCUGAGAAAAAUGCAGCUUUACAGCGAAUACUAGAUCGUUAUGGGGUUAAUAACGAUAAACUGGUUAUUGAACGUUGUUUACGUUCCAUUGAUGAUGUAUUUCAAUUUAUUGAAGGAAAUAUUGAACCACUUCGAUGGUUGCGGCAUGUUAUUCAAGAUGAAUUUCUUCCUUUAGAUAGUCAUUCAAAAUAUAACUUGUCUAUUCGAUCAGGAUCAGGGGGUGCCAAAUUUUCACACGAUCAUAGACAACAAUGUCAAUACGUUACUGAAUCUCUUACCUUAUGGGAAAAUGUGCAACGCAAUAUAUUUGAAUUUUGGCAAGUUUCAGAAGAUGAUAUGUUGAUAGAUGGUGAUGGUCAAUACAGGUUUGUAAAUACAGGACAAGGAUUUCACCGUAUGUGUCGUGCACCGAAAAGCUAUACACGUAUGUCAAGAUGUGUAAGUGAGGCAGAACGUGAAAUGGGUGGAUGGGUCGGAAUAAAAGUUAUCCACCUGGGCGAUCGCGAUGUUCCCAACCCAUUAGUAUUUAUUGAUAAAUAUACUGUGAUUCCUCGUAUUGUACAACCUAUCAUGCAUACCAUUAAAGCUCUUGAAAAAAUAUUUUCUCAUAAUACCCCAGAAGAACAUCCAGGGAUUCGUAAUCUGCUACGUUCAAAAUACAACUCAUACGAAUCCAUUAGAAUGACAAUAUUGUCAGAUUUCUUCCGUCAUGGAUUCGAUGGUUCUGGUGAUGAUGGAGGUAGUUGCAUCGAUGGAAGACUUACUUCAGCUUGGAAUUGGUGCCAUCAACUGGAAAAAAAACCAUACUACGACGCCUUUGUUCUCACAGGAUUCAAUGGAUUUGACUGA